AUGUUAGAUGAAUCCUCCCUCACCUCCCUCAACAGCCUAGAUUAUGGAGUUCGAAGGGGACAAAUAGAAACUAAGGAAAAACUUUUAACUGAUUUAAAACAAAGAAAAGCCCUCCUACCAACUGAAGGACAGGAAGAGAUAAAUCAGGAAAUUAAAGAGCAAGAAGAACUCUUGGAAGAACUAAAAAAGCAAGAGCAGAGAGAAAGACUUAUCUGGGAAAGCCAAGAAACUAUUAGAGAAGAUAAAGAAUUCUUUACCCAACUAUUAGAAAUAUUAGAAAAGGUAGUAAAAAAGUUGGAAGAACAGGAACAAUUAGAAGUAGAAUUACAGGAA